CCGGCAGCGAGCUUGCACAACUCGAACCAAGGACUCCAGGUUCUUCUCAAAGACAGUCGCCUCAUUUCUAAGAACAAUGGACGCCACCAUGAGCAUGAGGAGGGACGUGAGGAUCCUUCUUGUAGGAGAACCACAAGUAGGAAAAACUUCACUGAUCCUGUCCCUUGUGAGUGAAGAAUUUCCAGAUGAGGUCCCUCCCCGUGCAGAGGAGAUCACCAUUCCUGCUGAUGUCACUCCGGAGAAGGUCCCCACACACAUAGUGGACUAUUCCGCACAAGAACAGACAACAGAUCAGCUAAAAGAUGAAAUCCUAAGGGCAAAUGUUGUCUGCAUUGUGUAUGCUGUGGACAAUGACUAUUCUGUUCAAAUGAUCACCCAGAAGUGGUUACCAUUUAUCCAUGAGACAGUAGGAGAAGACCUGAGGAUGCCAGUAUUACUGGUAGGGAACAAGUCUGAUCUUCAAGAGGAGAGUUCAAUGGAGUCCAUCAUACCAGUAAUGAAUCAGUUCCCAGAGGUAGAAACCUGUGUUGAGUGUUCUGCGAGAAAUCUGAAGAACAUCUCAGAGCUGUUCUACUAUGCACAGAAGGCAGUUCUACAUCCCACAGCACCUCUGUACUGUGCAGAGGAGAAAGAGUUGAAAGUCCCCUGUGUGAAGGCCCUGACAAGGAUAUUCACGAUCUGUGAUGCUGACAACGAUGGUUUGUUAAAAGACAGAGAGCUCAAUGAGUUCCAGAAGAGAUGUUUCAAUGCUCCGCUGGCCCCCCAGGCCCUGGAGGAUGUGAAGGCUGUGGUGAGGAAGAACUGUCCUGAUGGUACCAGGGACAACGGACUCACACUGCCAGGUUUCCUGUUCCUGCACACGUUGUUCAUACAGAGAGGCAGACAUGAGACCACCUGGACAGUCCUCAGGAAGUUUGGCUACGAUGACAACCUCCAACUCACAGAGGAGUACCUCUAUCCAAGCUUUAAGAUCCCCGUCGGCUGCACUACCGAGCUGACUCACCAGGGGUACUCGUUCCUCACCAUGCUGUUUGAAAAGUAUGACGUGGAUGAAGAUGGUUGUCUGUCCCCAGAAGAACUACAGAGCCUGUUCAGCGUGUGUCCCAUCAUGCCCUGGGGCCCAGAUGUCAACAACACGGUGGUGACCAAUGAACAAGGCUGGAUCACACUACAGGGAUACCUCAACCAGUGGACCCUGACAACGUACCUGGAUGUUCCCCGUACCAUGGAGUUCCUGGCGUAUCUCGGGUACAUCGGAGGGGAACACGAGAACCAGCUGUCAGCUAUCACAGUAACUCGGGAGAAGAGAGCAGACUUACAGAAGAAACAGACCAUGAGGAGUGUGUUCCAGUGUAAUGUUAUCGGACCCAAGGGUGCAGGGAAGACUGCCUUCCUACAGGGACAUCUGGGCAGGAACUCUGAGUGGCAGUCCAGGCUGGCAAAGGAACACCUGUCCAGGUACACCAUCAACCUCACACAGGUGUACGGACAGGACAAGUACUUACUGCUCCAUGAGAUAGAUGUGGGAAUCUCAGACAUCCUGACUCCUGAGGACAUGGACUGUGACGUGGCGUGUUUACUGUACGACGUCACCGACCCAAGGACAUUCGAGUACUGUGCCAGGAUGUACAAGCAACACUUCAUAGACAGUAAGGUGCCGUGCUUGUUAGUUGGAGCCAAGGCUGACCAGGCUGGGGUAACCCAGGACCAUCCCAUCCAACCUGAGGAGUUCUGUAAGAAGUACAAGCUGCCUCCACCACAGGGCUUCACCACCAAGACUACAGUCAACAGGGACGUCUACAUGAAACUGGCCACACUGGCCAACUACCCGCACCUGAAGAACAUGCAGAGUAAGAACUCCCAAUUCUGGCUGAAGGCGUCGGUUGGAGCGGCAGUGGUGGCAGCUCUGGGCAUCAUUCUGUACAAGAGCAUCAGCAGAUAACCAGUCCUGAAGGCCUUCCUACAUGUACAUGGUGUUCACGUAUGAUUGUGUAGACAAAAGGCUGCUGUGGGCUUGUGUACUGAGGUACAUAUUGUGACUGGAAGGUACAUGUACCUACAUGUAGAUUGGGAUGUCACAUCGCCAGAUUGUCUGUCUUUCCCUCUAUCAACGUUAUUCAAGGUCUUAUUCAAGAUUUUGUUACAUCCUGGGUAUUGGCAGUUAGAGAUAUAAUGUAGUACAUGCAAGUAUAUGUCAUGUACAUGUAGAUUCAUUUGUCAAAUUUGCUAUGAUUGUAUUGCCUUCUAUCUAUGGGGGGUCAUUCAGGUAAAUACUUCAUUAAAAAAGGUAUUAUUGAAACUCCUAUGUACACGACAUUUAUGUAUUGUUAUGAACAUUGUAUUUUCCAUCUUGAAUACAUUUUCAGCCAGAAACAAAGAUUUUCUUUCUCCAAAUUUUUUUAACGUUUGUAAAAAUUACUAAAAUAUGCAAAAUAUAAAUGGCUUUCACGAAACACAAGGUUAGGGUAACCAUUAUUAUUUUUUUAUUUAGAGAUCAUAAUUAAAAUACCUUUGCACAUUUUCAUAAAAUUGAAUUGGCCCCUUUGAGGGUAGUCUUCCCAAGGAAGGUGCCAUAGAUUAUGUAAAUUACAUUCAAUCGUUGCUUUACACAAAAGUGGUGCAAGGCUAAAAAAACAUUUGUGUGCCCUAGCACUGUCUGAAUGACUCGAAAAUGUUUUAAAAUAUAGAUGCUUCCUAAUGUCUGAUAGCAAAUAUUUACCUGAAAGCUUGUCUGUGACUAUUUCAGUUUCAAUAUUGAUAUUGUAAGUAACAAUAGUUGGAUAUUUUAGUUUGGUAUCUGCAACAAAAUUGUCUCUGCUUUGCUGUCUAGUUUGACUGAAUCAUUAUGUCAUCUUAUAUUCAACUGAAUAGAUAGCAAAUUUUGAAGAGAAAGUGUUCUUUUUUUAAUUCUUGGCACAUACUCUUGUAUAAAUCUUUGCUAUGUUGUUGAGAUUAUUGACUUGUUAGGAUGUUACUGAUGAUGGUUGUGAUGAAUUUAUCCAGUUGUGGAUUCCUAUAAUUAUACAUUAUAGAAUGUUGUACAGAAGAAUGUUAUAAUGUGCUUGAGGUACAUCAUAAUACAUGUACAUAUUCGUUGUGCAUGCUUAACAAGUGUUUAAGAUUUACAAGUUUCCAAAUUAUACUUUAAGGAACAUGGAGAUCUUGAAUCCCCAAUGUCAGGAUUUGUCAUUAUUGGUGAGCAAAGAACUAUUCUUAUUCAGAUUUUGUUUGGAACCCCCUCCUAAAUUACAUUGUCUUUCAUUACCAUGGAACAGGCUAUCAGUAUUUAGACAAACCAUCUUUGACAUGAGUCUCUGAAGCCCCAGUCACA